AUGUCCCAACCGCUGCCGCUGAAAUUGAAUGAGUUUCCAUCGAUUUCUCAAACGUUAAGAUUACCAAUUCCUAGACCACCAGUUCCAACAAAACAUACCGAGAUGCUGUUAUCGAAUUGGCCACCAUCUUCAUCAGAAUUCACGAUAAAUUCAACCACCUUCCCUGUCAUUCCUUGUCAACAACAAACAAUACCAGCAGGUCCAACCGGUAAACCCGUACCCAAUAGGAGGGAAAACUAUUUAAGAAAUUUAGAAAAUAAAGUAGAAAUGUACGAAAAAGCAUAUGCUGAAUAUCAAAAUGAAAAUAGGUUGUUAAAAGAGGAGGUGGCUGUAUUAAAGAGGCGCCUCUCUAGGUUCGAAAAUUAUGGUUUUGAUGGUGGACUAGGUAUUGCAUCUUCGGAUGUACAACUUACCGACAAGAUGCCCGAUAAUAAAAACGCAAAUCCGUGUUGUAAUGUGGUUAACGCGAUAUAUUCUGUUCCAAACAUGAUUGAAGAUAAUCAAAUAUAUCAUGGUGUUGAUGAGCAAAAAGAUAAUAGUACACAUAGAGAUGUUAUCAUUAAUAACUGUCCUAACGAAAGAAUAUAUUUACAAGAUUAUUCGCUUUCGAUCAAUAAUGAUAGCCCAUCUUUUUCACAAAAGCCUUAUCCCCCAUUGUCAAAUGACAAUUUAUCUUCAUUCAUGCAAAACUAUGACGAACAAUCGAAUUCAAGGAACAGACCUCGUUCCCCUACUCAUUCUUCGACAUCAAUCGAUUCUGUUAAUGGAAUCGUGAAUGAUUCUUCAAUUUUCAGUAAAGGUUCCCUUUGCUUUUGCGAUGACUCAGAAAUAAGUGGUCAAUCUCGAAUAUCACCUGGCAAUAAUUCCAUUGCAACUAUGC